CAAUCCAAUAGUUCGACGAUACAAUCCAGCACCAAAUCGAAGCUAACCACGCAAUCUCAGCGACUAGCAGCCGCGUCCUCCGAGCAGGGCUCCAAGGUCGCAUCUCAGGAUUCUAGGGUUUCAAUCAGUUAACUUAUCAAUAGGGCUCUGGAUUCCGGCCAUGGAGUCGCUGCCGCGCAAGCUCAACAUAGACCGAGACGAGGACAGAAUCAGCGCGCUCCCUGACGAACUCCUCCUCGAAAUCAUUGAGCGCCUUGACCUGCCCGAGGCGGUCCGCACCGGCGCAGUCUCGGCGCGGUGGCAUCACCUCCCCUACCGGCUCUCCCGCCUGCACCUCGACGUUGGCCACUUCCAAGGCGCCACGCUGUCCGAGGUCAUGGACGCGUUCACGAGCGCUGCGCAGACGCUACUGUCUAUGGUUCCUUUCGACGAGUGCGACUGCGAAAGUGACGCCCUCAAGACCCUCAUCCUCACCUUCUACAUGUCAUCUCCUCACCUGAGCUCCAUAGGCCGCACCAUCGAGGACCUUCUGAGCUACGGCGAUACCGAAUGCCUUGAGUUUUGCAUAUCCCCGCCGCCAUCCCUGCUGUUCGCCCCACUGCUUGCUGAGUUCGGGAAGCAGUUCAUGUCCUUCUCCCGUGCCUACCCGGUUGCCUUCCAGUGUCUCACGAGGCUUACACUCAAGAACCUUGUGUUUGGACAUUCCGAUGUCACCGACCUCAUUACCGCUUGCGAUGAGCUCAAGCACCUCACCCUGAGUUCCUGCAGACUGGUUGAUGAGCAGUCGGCGCUCAAGAUUGAUACCCCGUGCUCAGGGCUUGGGAAGCUCGACUUCAUCCGUUUUCGUUGCGAACGGAUCGAACUCAUCUCCGUCCCCAAGCUCACGACAGUGGUGUGCCGUUCUCGGCGCUACGAGAACCCUCUGGUGCGCUUCGGCGAUGUUCCCAAGCUUCACCGAGUGAACCUCGGUUAUUAUGCCAAUGCCUGGCACGCCCCACUCAUGUUGAGCGACUGCCUUCCAAGUAGUUCCGGGAAUCUGUCGAAACUGAAACUCAAUUUUUUUUGCCAAACGAUUUGGAUUCAGCCGGAGCAGCCAAAGCAUCUGACUGCCAUAUUCAGAAACCUGGCCAAUGUCUAUCUUUCUGGUAUCUUCCCUGAGUGUGAUCUGAGCUGGACCCUGUUUAUCCUAGAAGCUGCACCUGCCCUGCAGAAACUCAAAUUAUCCCGAACUAAACAUGCAUGCGUGAAAAAGCCUGACGAUACUGCAGAGAAGACCAAUGUGGUGUGGGAGCCAUCGAAGGAUUUGAAGCAUCUGAACUUGAAGUUGCUCAUGAUGUUUGGGUUCGAGGAAGAGGUCAAGGUGACAAACUAUAUAAGGCUAGUCCUGGAACAUGCUGUGGGAUUGAAGAGAAUCAAGCUUCAUGGCGAGGACCCAUGCAAGGAGUGCAAUGCUAUUGACCCGGUGAGAUCCCAGGCGGAUGAAGCUAGCAGGCACCGGAUUAAGGAGCAACUCAUACUUGAAUCCUCCUCAGCCAUGAAGAUAAUAAUUUGUUGAUCAGUAUGGUAACUGACAUGAACUGUUAGUUGAAAUAGCCUUAUUGGUGGAGCUUUGACUUUUCAUCAUUUAGAUUAUAUAUUAUUCCCAUGAUUGCUUUUAUACUUGUCCUAUUAUGGAUGCACAAAUCUGAAGGGUUGUACAAUCUUACAGGGA